AUGUUCACCCGCAACUUGACCCACACCUCCAGCAGCGACACCCUGGCCCAGCUGCUGGUGGAGAACCCGUUCCAGCCGGAGGAAGAGCAUGAAAGGUUGAUCCCAAAUGACCAGAACAAUCUUCAAAAUAGCUACCCUAAUAGCUACCAAAACAGCUACCACAAUGGAGACAGUCGCUACCCUAGUGGCUACCAGAAUGGAGACAGUCGCUACCCUAGUGGCUACCACAAUAGAGAUACGAGUGGUUAUCCCAGCAGUGGGCUGGGGAGCUCUGAAUCGCCCGAUUUCAAUCGACCGCUGCUGUCAGGCUCAUUAUUGCCUCCCCAACGACCAGACCAUCAACGGUGGCUGGCGUCCCCCUCAAUCGCUUAUGACCCUGACUCGCUGCCGUUUGGUGGCUACCCCGCCCACCAAUUCCCUCUAAGCAUCGAAGAUAAAGAACCCGAUGACUACUUACACAAUCCUGACCCUGUGGCUGAUGCUGAAUACGAUAAAAACCGGUUCUGGUACGAUUUGAAGACGAUGGAUACUAAGCUGAGGAACGCCGCCAUCGCCUUCGUGGGGAUGAUACUCGCCGCAGUAGCAGUGUUUGUGCUUAUUCCCGUGUUUACUUAUUCUGGGGUCGGUGCCAAAAUUGUCCCUCAACGUUAUGAAGUGCUUACUCUCUAUCAAUACCCACUUAUGGGUGGGCUCCGCACGUCGCUUAUUGACCCUGAUACUCCUCAAGAAUACAUGACCAAAAAGGCUCAAGAUGGCUCCGACUGGACGCUUGUAUUCUCCGACGAGUUCAAUGCUGAAGGGCGUACUUUUUACGACGGUGAUGAUCAAUUCUGGCAGGCAGUCGACUUACACUACGACGCCACUAAGGAUUUGGAGUGGUACGACCCUGACGCUGCCACCACUGCUGAAGGCACGUUAAACUUACGGAUGGACGCAUUCAAAAACCACGAUAUGUUCUACCGGUCAGGGAUGGUACAACUGUGGAACAAAAUGUGUUUUACUCAGGGCCACAUUGAGAUCUCCGCCCGCUUACCUAACUACGGUAACAUUUCUGGGUUAUGGCCGGGUUUAUGGACGAUGGGCAAUUUGGGUAGACCGGGCUAUUUAGCCACUACCGACGGGGUAUGGCCCUAUACGUACGAGUCGUGCGAUGCUGGUAUCACCGCCAACCAAUCACUGCCUGAUGGUAUUUCCUUCCUUCCUGGCCAAAGACUUAAUCUGUGUACCUGUAAAGGUGAACUGCACCCUAACCCUGGUACUGGCCGUGGUGCUCCUGAAAUCGAUAUUUUAGAAGGGGAAAUCCACGAAGAGAACGGUCGGGUCUCUCAACUGUACCAGGUAGCUCCCUAUGACAUUUGGUACAUGCCUGACUACGAGUUCGUCGAGAUCCACAAUAAGCUGGUGACGGUGAUGAAUACCUACGCUGGUGGCCCCUUUCAGCAAGCGAUCUCGGCGGUGACCCGGCUCAACCGGUCGUGGUACGAGUUUGGCGAUGGCCCUCAUCACUUCCAGACGUAUGCGUUUGAGUAUCUCCACGAUAACGACGACGGCUACAUCACGUGGUUCGUGGGGCAAGACCCGACGAUGACGAUGAGAGCUAAAGCCCUCCACCCUAACGGCAAUGUCGGCUGGCGGCGCAUCUCCAAGGAGCCGAUGCUGGUGAUUAUGAACUUGGGGAUCUCCAACAACUGGGCCUACAUCGACUGGAACGGGCUCAACUUCCCUGCCACCCACCGGAUCGACUACGUCCGCAUCUACCAGCCUAAAGACCAGAUCAAUACCGGCUGUGACCCUACGGACUACCCGACGCAAAACUACAUUCAGGCCCACCCCGACAUCUACUCUAAUGUCAACUUGACGCUGUUCACCAAAGCCGGCUAUCCGUGGCCCAAAAAUAGUCUUCUUGGGUGCGAAUGA